AUGUCAUUAUUUCGAAGAUUUUUCUCAUGUACCUCUACUGACAAUUAUCCGUUCUCAUAUACAACUAAUCUUGUACAAGAGAAUACUAAAAAAUUUCCUAAUAAUAGUAAUAAUAUUUGUAUUAUAUGUCAUGAAUCCGUUAUAACCUGUUUAAAUAAUCAAUCUAUUAAAAAGCAGGAAUAUUUGUCAUCAAUUACAAAAAAUAAGCAAUUGUCGCCGUUAACAACAGAAGAAAAUCAAAAUAUUCAAACAAAACAACCAGGAACUAUGUCAGUUUGUAUUUCAUGUACAGAUAUACUUGAGAAUAACAAGAAUCCACAACUAAGUGAUAAUAAGAUGUUAGAUGUAACAACUUCAUCUUAUCAAUACAAUUUAACACAUCCAUAUACUACUAAUAUUAUUACUACUAAUCCAACAACAACAUUACCAAUAUCAACAGUAAAAACAUGUAUUUCGAUAAAUGAUACUACUGAAAAAUCAAUUAGUUUACAAUGUUCUAAAUUUAUUACACCAGCAACAACAACUAUCAUUUCUAAUAAUCCAAUUGAUCCUAUAUAUACACAAUCUACAUAUCAACAAGAUCUAUUAAAUUCAACCAACAAAACAAUUCAAACUAAUAAUAAUGAUGAAAAUAUUCAUGAAUUUAUUGAAGAAUGUGUUAUACCUAUACCUGUAUUUAAUUUAUUUCUAUAUUUAGCACAAGAAGGUGUUUAUGCAAAAGAUUUAUUUCGACGACCUGGUAAUAUUGCUCAAAUUAAACAUAUAUUACAACGUUUUGCAUCGGAUCAAAUGAUUGAUUGGAAAGAUUAUAAUAUUCAUACUGUAGCAACAGUUGCUAAACGUGUAUUAUUUAAUAUACCAAAUGGUUUAAUUGGUUUAAAAGGUGAAAAACAACUAUUACGUACUGCUUUAUUAACACAACAACCAUUAAAUGAUAAUAAUCAAUUAAAAACAAUAUGUAAAACAUCUAUAAUACAUCAUCAUGAUACAUUUAAUUUAGAAAUUGAUAAUAAUACAGAGAAUUUACUCUUAGAAUUAGCUGAAUCAACAAAUACUUCACCAUUAAUAUCUAAUGUAUAUUAUACAAAUAAAGAAUAUACAGAACAAUUCAAUGAUGUAAUAAGACGUGCUAUCGUUAUUACAAAUAUUGAUACAACUCAACAAUCUAAUACGGUGAAUUUAUUAUUUUCAUAUGGUUCAAUAAAACAAAUCUAUCAAUUAACUCCAGUGGAUAUAGAACGUGUACAAGUUUUUCAAAAUAUACUUAAAGAUUUAACUAUAGCACAUCGUCAACUAACUAUAAUGAUAUUUGGUAUAUUACAUCAACUUGUAUUCAAUAUGGCAUUUAAUACAGCUAAUCAAAAUCAUGGAUUAGAAAAUGAUAAUGAUGAAUUACCUAAUAUUCCAUUACUUAAAUUAGCUGAAGGAGUUGUAAAAUCAGUUGCUGGUUCAAUGUUUCAUUCAUGUGCAUCAUCAAUAUUGUUAAUAAAUCAAACAACACAAAUCAAAUUAUUUGUAAAAUGGAUAAGUAAAAAACACCAAGAUAUCAGUACUCAAAUUAAUGGUGCUAUCCUUACAUGUGAUAGCUUUUUAUCAUCCAUUUUGUUGGAAUCAAAUCAUGAUUCUAUGUUGCCUAUUAUUUUAAUGGUAGACUAUUAA